AUGUUGCGCUUCAAGGGGAGGAAUGAUUCCUCGCCGGAAAACCAGAAACCAGACUCAUUUUCAGCGGUUUCUCAAACUGGUUUUGCAACAGCGAGUAAGAGAUCUCGUUACCAGAAAGCCUUUGGAAUAGAGGAGAAAAGAGACAACUUUUUAAGAUGGAGGUUUCAAUUAAUGGAGAAAGGUAUCCAAGAACUCGAUUUCAAACCAGAAGGUAUCAAUUCCUUGCUUCAAAUCAAUGAUCUGAAAAACUCUCCUGGCCCAUCUAAGAAAGAGCUUCGUUUCGCCACAAAACAAGCUGUUCAUCUUCUCCAAGACAAUUACCCAGAAUUCGUAGCCAGAAACAUAUUCAUCAAUGUCCCAUUCUGGUACUAUGCAUUCAACGCCCUUUUCUCUCCUUUCCUAACCCAAAGAACCAAGAGCAAAAUGGUGGUCGCCCGUCCGGGAAGAACAACAGAGACUCUUCUGAAGUUCAUUCCAAUUGAAGAAAUUCCUGUUGAAUAUGGAGGUUUCAAGAGAGAUAAGAAUGAUUCAAAGUUAUGGGUUGAAGAUAACAAUUUUUAAGAGCUUAUAGUAAAAGGUGGAUCAAUUGAAACAAUUGAGAUAGCUGCACCAGAGAUUGGAACAACAUUUGAAUGGGAUUUGACAGUUUUGGGAUGGGAAGUGAACUAUAAAGAAGAGUUUGUUCCAAGUGAUGAAGGUUCUUAUAGUAUUAUCAUUCAAAAGGUGAAGAAAUUGGGUUUAAAUGAGGGACCAAUUCGAAACACAUUCUGUAACAAUGAACUUGAAAAGAUUGUUAUUACUGUUGAUAACAAUGGAAGCAAGAAGAAGAAGAUGAAGAAGGUUCUGUAUCGACACAAGACUAAGAAUGCAGCUGAAUGA